AUUGAAUAAAAAAAUUCUAUAAAUUAAAGAAAAGAAAAAUUUGUAGCUGAUAUAAAUCUUCUUUUUAAUUUUCACAAAACUUAUUUCAGCACUUCUCUUUAACAUUGUGAAAAGAAAGAGAAUAAAGAACUUAUUGUUCAAGUUAAAAGUAAAAGAAGUAAAAGAAGCAAGCAAGUUUCAAGUACUUGAAAGGAGAUCUGCUCUGCAAAAUACUGCACAUAGUUAAAAGUGUGUUUUCCUUUAUUUAUUUAUUGUUUUGAAGGCAAAUGAAAAUAAAUGAUAUUGAAAAUGGGGCGUGAGUGGAAAUGUGGGAGUACCUACUAAAAAUCUAAAUUGAACAGAAAGUUGUGAGGUUUUAUGGGUUUUGAAGUUGAAGAGUGAAGGCAAAUUGAGACAUUGAGGGAGAAAAGCUGUGCCAAUCUAGGUAUCUUUUGAAGAAAAAAAAUACACAAAGUUUAUAUUAUUUUUAUACUUAACACAUACCAUACUGUAUUCAUAAGCAAAAGUGAUCUGGUUUAAUCAAACUCCUAUUUUUGGAACACGAAAAUAAUUUUUUAUAUCAUUGAAUAUAUUGUGUAUAUCUUUUCUUUUGUUUUUCAAGUGACAGGGUUUCGGAAAUCCAGUGACGAAAGCAUUUUAUGAAUUUCAGAAUUGCAACUUCUGGAAAUAUUAUAUUUAUGGUAAAGUUCAAUAUAGAACACAGUUUUUAUGGUGAAAUUUUGGUUUUACUUUUUAAUUAGAAAUACCGAAAAGUACUGAUUUUGAAAUGAAAAUAGUAAACGUUUUUGCGCAUCUCCCGUGAAGCGCUUCGGAAGAAGGGGAUGCUGCUUAUAGCCUCUUAGGCGCAAAGUGCGAAACGACGAAUAAACAAAGCCGUGCGGCGAGCGAAUAAAUAAAAUAAUGCAGCUUUUGAUAUUGUGUGGCGCUGCAAAUAGCGCGCCGGCCGAGUGGAGAGGCGGUCGAGUGGUGGUGCAGUCAGUCGGUCGGGAGUUGCAGAAAUGCCGUCGGCGGCGGCGGGCGUUGCGGUGGUAGUGCUGGCCGUCGUGCUGCCGGUGGCCGCCGUCUUCAGCUCGAUGCACUGCGCCAACGUGGACCCUGACUGCUCAAGACACUGCGGCGCCGACCUCCGCAGGCAGCUUCGCAUCGGCCUCGUCCUGCCCAAGGACCAGCACUUCCUCCCGUCUAUCUCCAGGGUGCGACCUUGGGUGGACCGGGCGUUGGAGGUGGCGCACUACAUGAACCUGAUCCCGCGCAGCGAGUACGACGUGUGCGUGAUUGAAGGGGACACGCAGUGCAGCAUGGAGCACGGCCUGAUCACCGCUGUAGACCUGAUGGGCCGCUGCUGCCCGCACGUCUUCAUCGGGCCCACCUGCGAGCUCAGCCUCUCAAGUGUGGCGCGGCUGGUUAAGUUGUGGCAAACGCCGCUGAUCACCGCUGGCGGCCUCGCUUCAGACUACAUGGUGGAUCGGACAAACCCUGAUUCCGAGUACUUUUUGCUCGUGAGGGUCGGCUGGUCCUUCAGGGACAUCGCCAAAGCCCUUGUCGCCUUCAUGGACAAACACCGUUGGCGAAAACUGCUGCUGAUUUAUGACACGUUCGGAUACGCGGCGGUGUCCGGUUUCCAAACAUGUUACCUGAUGAUGACCUCGCUGGUGUCGCUGCUCAAGCAGAGGAACUUCACCUACUCGGCCUACGACACGGACAAGAACCGCCAGAGCUCCAUCAAAGAAAACCUCAGGCGCGAAAUGGGCUACGUCUACAGUAUCGUCGUGAUCUGCGCGAACCAGACAACCGUGCGUGAAAUCCUGCUGGCCGCCGAGGAGCUCAACAUGGUCAGCAGCGGAGAAUACGUUUUUUUCAACAUCGAAUUGUACAGCGGAAACGCGGUGCAGCAGUCGUGGAACGUGUCUUGGGAUUUGCCGGAGAGGAACGAAAGGGCGCGCAAAGCGUACGAGGCGCUUCUCACGGUCACGGCGCGCAACCCCAAGGACCAGGAAUACGAGCAGUUUUUCAACGAGGUGCACCAAAUCGCCGAAUACAGGUUCAAUUACACGUACAGCCAGGAGGAGGGGGUGAGCACUUUUGUGACCGCUUUUCACGACGCGGUGCUUCUGUACGCCCACGCACUCAGGGAGACCCUCAACAACAAUGGCACCGAGAGGGACGGCGAGGACAUCACCCGUCGCAUGUGGAACCGAACUUUCACUGGGAUCGCGGGCGAGGUGACCAUUGACGAGAACGGCGAUAGGGUGGCCGACUACUCUUUGUUGGACCUUGACCCCGAGACAAACUCCUUUCAGGUAGUUGCAAACUACGUGGGCCAGAACCGCAGUCUUGAAUUCGAGCCUGGCAAGAAGAUCCACUGGGCCGGUGGGAGGACGAGCGCACCCCCUGAUACACCAACCUGCGGUUUUGACGGCAGUCUUUGCCCAGAUAAUUCGUUGCCUGGCUACGCGAUUCUGAGCAUCGUCUUGAGCUCGGUAGUUGUCAUCCUAUCGAUCGUUUCCUUCUUCAUAUACCGUCACUACAAAAUCGAGGCGGCGAUCGCGUCGAUGACGUGGAAAAUUAGUUGGUCCGAAAUCAACAAGGCGGGAGCGGCCGCGGCCAAAUGCAGAGGCAGCAUGUACAGUUUGGCCAAAAGCGAAAAUACUUUCUACUCGGAAGACGCCGUGUCGCCGUCUGACAACACCAAAAGGCAGCAGUUUGUGCCCACCGCCAUAUUCAAGGGAAACAAAGUGGCCAUCAAGAGCAUCAGCGCAAGAAACAUUGAGCUGACGCGACCUCUACUUUUGGAUUUGAAAAGGAUGAAGGACCUGCACUACCCGCACCUGGUGCGUUUCAUCGGCGCGUGCCUUGAUGCGCCGCACUGCUGCCUGCUGACUGAGUAUUGUCCCAGGGGAAGCCUCCAGGACAUCCUCGAGCAUGAGCAAAUACAGCUCGACUGGGUCUUUCGCUACAGCCUAAUGCACGACGCCGUUAAGGGCAUGACGUUUCUACACGCGAGUGAAAUUCGCACGCACGGCAGCCUCAAGUCGUCCAACUGCGUGGUCGACUCGCGAUUCGUCCUGAAAAUCACAGACUUUGGCCUGCACAGUCUGCGCGGGGCCAGCAACAACCUGGCCGACGAGGGCAACACCGACGUCUACGCCUUUUGGAAAAGUAAACUGUGGACGGCGCCCGAGUUGCUGCGAAUGAAAUUCGGCCCUCUGCCUGGGGGUUCGCAGAAGGGCGACGUUUACUCAUUUGGCAUCAUCAUGCACGAAAUUGUCACUCGGCAGGGACCGUUUUACCUUCCAGAACGUCCCGAGUACGACCCCAGAGACAUAGUUGAGGGUGUGAAGGCCGGGGGUCGAUGCCUUCUGAGGCCGUCGCUCUUGGGUCUGCAGUGCGAGCCGCAGGUGGCGCAGCUGAUGGAAAAGUGCUGGGCCGAGGACCCGAUGGAGCGACCUGACUUCACCAACCUGAAGGGCGCCAUCAGGAGGCUGAACAGUUGUUACGAGAGCAGCAACAUUUUGGACAACUUGCUGACGCGGAUGGAGCAGUACGCCAACAAUUUGGAAACGUUGGUCGAAGAACGCACCGCCGACUACCUGGAGGAGAAACGCAAGUGCGAGGAGCUCCUAUACCAACUUCUUCCUAAGUCAGUGGCCAGUCAGUUGAUUCUGGGCCACAGCGUGAUAGCCGAGACUUUCGAGCGCGUCACCAUUUACUUUUCUGACAUUGUCGGCUUCACGUCUCUCUCCGCCGAAAGCACCCCCCUGGAGGUGGUUGAUCUGCUGAACGAUCUAUACACGUGCUUUGACUCAAUUAUUGAAAAUUACGACGUCUACAAGGUGGAGACGAUCGGCGACGCUUACAUGGUGGCGUCGGGUCUGCCGAUGCGGAACGGGGACCUGCACGCGCGGGAAGUGGCGCGGAUGGCGCUGGCGCUGCUCAACGCGGUGCUCACCUUCAAGAUCAGACACAGGCCCGAGGAGCACCUGAAGCUGCGCAUCGGACUGCACACGGGGCCGUGCGUGGCUGGCGUCGUUGGACUCAAAAUGCCGCGUUACUGCCUCUUCGGAGACACCGUCAACACCGCCUCCAGAAUGGAGUCCAACGGCCUACCUCUCAGAAUCCACGUCAGCUCAGUGACGAAAGCUGUCCUGGACACUUUUAAGACUUUCCGCCUUGAGUUGCGCGGCGAGAUAGAAAUGAAGGGCAAGGGGAAGCAGACGACGUACUGGCUGCUGGGAGAGGAGACGACGACGGCACCCUCAGCAACAACACCUUCCUCGGUGGUGGCGCCACCGUCGGAGGACCUUCGGCCGCCUGAACAGAAUGAGCAAAGCAACAACCAAGAGGAGCCGACGUCAUCGACGCCCUUCCUGAACAACGCCAACGGAUAGUCAAUUUUUCUAUUCCACUUAAUUUGUACUUAAUUAUAUUUCAUUUGAAUUAGUCAACGCAUAAAUUUAAGGAGAGACGCUACUGUGCAUUUCAAACAAAACAGUUUAACUAACAUGUGUCCGCAGAAUCAAAUAAUUAUAUUGUGACAGGUGAUUACAUAAUUUAUUAUUGUUGAGUGUGCCAGAAAAUGAAUGUGUUCACAUUUGAAAUAAUAAAAAAUAAUUUAUAUGUUGGUCAACUCUAAAAACAAGCUUUGGUCAGAUCUUGAAUUAUGUAGUUGUUUCUUUGUUUUUUAUUGUAAGCAUAUAAUAUAAAAAAGCUUUAACUUUUUAGCAUGUGUAUUAGAUUAAAUUUCAAAUUGAGCUUUAUAUUUUUGUAUUUUAAGUUUAGAUCAUAUUUUCAGUCCAACUUUUUUUUCCCAUAAACCGCUUGCAAUAGUAUGCAAGUUAAUUUGAAAAUUGAUGUAAGUUAAUUCAUUCAGCCUGAAAAUAAA